UAUUGAAAUUUCAAUGAAAAUGAAGAAAAUUAAUAAAAAGAAGGUCACAGAAAUGAAAUCGAAAAAGCUUCCUGAAAAGAUGGAGGUGGAUCUCCAAGAUGAGGAUGAUGAGUCUGUUGGGGCGAAUGAUGGUCAUCGUGAUGAUGAAUACGAUAGCGAUGGGGUAGACGACGUAGAUAUGGAGAAUGAUAAUGAUGAUGGUGACGACAUUAAAAAAACAGAUCUUAAAAAGGUUAAAAAGUUGAAAAAAUUAGCAAACAAUGACAAAACUCAAAAAACAAAAACUGAGAAAAAUCUGAACCUGAAAAACUCUUCAAACAAACGAACUAAGUCCUCUACGGGAAAUGGUCCUAGACCCAGUAAAAUUGCCAAAACAGAAGAAGCAGAUGGAGGUAAACAUAAGGUGAAGUUAGACACAUCUGAUUUCGGCGAUAGAAAGAAGAUUAGGAAAAUGAGAGAAAAUGAAUUUUAUGACGUGGCCCACGAGUCAAAAGUUUUGUGGGAGCAGAUAAGACAAGCUGACUUAGACCCCAAAGAAAGAGCAAAAAUAUUUCUUAAACUGUUCAAAUUAGUAUCUGGCAAGUGUGACCAUCUUGUUUUAGCCCACGACACAUCUCGUGUUGUACAGACUCUCAUCAAAUAUGGCGAUGCAAAGCAACGAAACUCAGUGUUCCUCGAGAUUAAAGAUAAAAUUUUGUUGAUGAUCAAAUCUAAAUUCGCCAAAUUCAUUAUCAAGAAGUUUCUUAAAUAUGGAUCAAAAGAGCACCGAUUGGAUAUCCAUGCGGUAAUAAGGAAACACAUCUCCAAACUAAUCAAACACAGGGAGGCCAGUGAAGUGGUCGAAUGUGCAUAUAAUGACUAUUCAAACGCAGCUCAGCGAAGUCAGAUGGAGAUGGAGUUUUAUGGGCCUUCGUAUUUUUUAGAGAAAACAGCGAACAUGAGCAUGAGUGUGAUUGAUUUUGUAAGGGAGCAUCCCGAAAAGAAGGCGUCAGUCGUCGAAUUCCUCAAGAAAAUGUUGGAUUCCCUCAUUGAGAAGAACGUCCUCCAGAUGACAUUCGUCCACAAGUUGUUCCACGAUUUCUUUGAAAUAUGCGACCAGCCGCAGAGAUCCGAAAUGAUAGAAACAUUGAGAGAUCAUAUCAUCCACUUUGUUCACACAAAACUUGGCUCAAGAGUGGCUAUGAAGUGUUUCUGGUUUGGUAAUGCAAAGGACCGCAAAGUGAUGAUAAAGACUUUCAAGACGUUUGUGGUCAAAACAUGUAAGGAGGAGUUCGGCCAUUUUGUAAUGUUGGCCAUGUUCGACUCCGUUGAUGACACCAAGAUUGUUCAGAAGGCCAUUCUCGAUGAAAUGAUGAAAGGUCUGGAUGAAUUGGUACCCGACCAGUACGGCCGCAAAGUGCUCCUGCACCUGACCUGCCCCCGCAACCCCCUUUUCUUCCACCCCGACGUCAUUAAGAUACUCAGCUCUGGAGAUGGAAAUGAACACAGCAAGAAGGAUGGAAAGACGAGACAGAUGGAGUUGUGGUCGUACCUGUCACCGACCUUGAUGGACUGGAUGUCCAGUCACGUCAGGAGUAUGACAGCUGACAGCUCCAUGCUGCUGUUUGUGGCUGCUGUCGUCAUAAAUGCUGCUACUGAUCCCACGAAAGUUAUGAAGGCAGUUUGUGAGCUGGUUGCUGAACCAUUUACAAUGACGUCCUUCAACAAAGGAUUCCACUUCAUCGAUGAUUCAAGCGGUCACGUGACCUUGAAGAAGUUGAUUCAAAAUGAUAGGGAGAGAAUGAAGAGGGGGGAGGAGGUGUUAUUCUCGCUGGUCUUGUUGGAUUCAGUGACUGGAGAGCAUUUGAAGUCCUGGCUGCAGUCAAACCGCGGAUGUUUCGUAAUCAUCAAUAUGCUGGAUUUGGAGAAUGACAGAGUGACAGAAAGAAUAAAAGAGUACCUACUCAACUGCAAAUCCACGCUCAAGAAACUUGAGAGCAAGGGAGCAGAAAUAUUAUUGAAGAAAUUGAACGGCUGAGUGAGUGAGUGAGUGAGUGAGUGGCUUGUUAUUUAAAUAACUAUUCAAUGGACCGUACUUUUGAAUGCUUGGUUAUUCUGAUAGUUUUCGUUUUGAAUGUUGAUAUAUUUGAAAGAUAUUUUAAAAGCA